GGCAUAUACGCAUACAACUACCUAUAAUUGGAAGCAACUCAGGUACAUGACCUAAAGGAUGUACCUAAGGUAGGUACCUACACGUACCUAGGUACCUGACGGUUGUAGAGAUGCAUGUACCUAAGUACAUCCUGCCUCCUCUGGGAGGCUGGAGCUUGCCUCUUUUUAUCAAGCAGAACCCAUCCCAUUGGAUUUCCCCGGCAACAACUCUCCCUCCUACACCUCCCCUCCACACCUACUUCCACUCCGUCGCAGGACCAUCAAGACCUCGGCGCAGCCAUCGCGUCUGCCCAAAAUGUCUUCCCAACAGCCGCUGCCGAAUACCCAACCGCCGCUCGAUGUCUAUGGCGGAGACGAGGUAUCGGCCCUGGUCCUAGAUACUGGAUACUGCCACACGCGAGCGGGCUUUGCCGGCGAAGACGUCCCCAAAUCCGUCCUCCCCUCCUUCUACGGCAGCAAGAAGACCGGCGACGGCGAGUCUGCCACGUAUCACCAUGUCUUCGGCGACGAGUACCUGAUUCCGCAGGCCAACUUCGAGGUCAAGAACUACGUGUCGCGUAACGAGAGUGUGGUCGAGGACUGGGACAUCGCGACCAAGAUAUGGGAGCAUGUUCUCAUCAAACGGCUACAGCCCGAGAAGCCCACCCCGCCGAGCAAGAACGGUCUGAAUGACGAUCCGUCUCAAGACGGAGAGGGCGAUGUUUCUAUGGAAGAUGUCGAGGAGCAGGAGAAGCCGCUCGCCGAGAACCCUCUCCUGAUGACCGAGGCACCGUGGAAUUCUGGUAAGGCGCGAGAGAAGGCCAUCGAGAUCGCCAUGGAGAACUGGGGGUGCCCCGCGUUCUGGCUAUCGAGAACCUCGGUGUGCGCCGCCUUUGCAGCCGGAAAGGCCUCGGCCUUGGUUAUCGACGUCGGGGGCGCAGGUACGAAUGUCACCGCUGUUCACGACGGCAUGAUCUUGAAGCGUUCCAUCCAGAAAUCUCCCAUCGGGGGAUUGUGGCUCUCUUCUCAGGUCCGCAGCUUGUGGGACAAUAAUGACCCCAGGAUCGACGCCAUACCGUACUACAUAGUCGAGAAUAAGACUCCCGUCGAUGCAGGCGCCCCGGCACAGGCGAAGCUGCGACACUUUCCCUUCGAAAUUCACCAGUCAUUCCGCGCCUACGAGGAGGAGCGCCUCCUGACCGAAUUCAAGGAGUCCGUCGUCGAAGUCUGGAAGGGUCCCGGCAGGUACAUGAAUCCGGGCAACGAGGAUCUGGCGCGAUCCCACCCAGGUCGUGUGUUUGAGAUGCCCAACGGUUGGAACCAGAUGUGGCGCGAGCAACGGUACCGGGUGUCGGAGGGCAUGUGGGACGAGACAGCGGCGCUGCCGACGGCCGGCGAGGCGGUCACCAAGGCCCAGACGAUCCCGGAGCUGAUCCGGGCGGCGAUCAACGCCGUCGACGUCGACCUACGACCUAACCUACUCGGAAACAUUGUCGUGACGGGGGGCACGAGCCUGACCAACGGCUUCAACGACCGGUUGAAUAACGAGCUGCUGGCCAUGUACCCCAGCAUGAAGGUCAAGCUGCACGCUGCCGGUCUCACGACGGAGCGGCGCUUCGGCGCCUGGAUCGGCGGCAGCAUCCUCGCCAGCCUCGGCACCUUCCACCAGAUGUGGAUCUCCCGGAAGGAGUACGAGGAGAACGGCGCCGGCAUCGUCGAGAAGCGCUGCAAGUAGACAAAGCUGGCCCGCGUAUAAUCCCCCUCCCUACGGACGCAUCCACACACCGACACACAGUAUACCUGCGUAUACCCCGAAGAUAUACCCUGCCCUACCGCUACCACGAAUCUCGCGUCCGGGAGGGGAGGAGGAGCGAAUGGCUAGCUACACACGCCACGCCCCUCCUCAUGACCGAACCUACCCACCUACGAUCCCGGGCGUCCGGUGGCCGGUGCCAAUGUUUGGCGCUUACCUGACUUGAUCGGAACUGCGCCAGGACGGCGUUCUGGAGUUGUAGCUAAUACCACUAUUGUCACAUCCUGCUCCCCCCUGUCACCAAGACGGCCGGAGCAAGAGUUUGGAAGGCCGAUGUCGAUGGAUUCGUCGUCGUCGCCGUCGUCGGCAGGUUCGCGUGUACUCUAGGUCUAGAAGGGCGCAAAAGGAAGAUAGAAAAAAAUAAGAACGUUUCGUGCACAACGCCUUCGAACUCGAGGCAGGGGGACAGCUGUAAUAGUGCCUGUUCAUGUUUCCUUUUGGGAGCGGAAGGGGGGUAUGAUGAGAGUCAGCAGUAGACGGCAAGACAUACGAAACGUGAGUGAUUCUAGUAG